GCCUUCAGCACUGAAGUCAUCUCACGGUAUUUCUGACAGCGGUGACAUCUCAGAGAGAGAAGCGCCCUGCAGGCAUCAGAAUGAUGGACAUCUGACACCAGGCAUUGUUGGAGGUAGUCAGGUGCUCACCAUUCCACGUUUUUCCUUCCUCCGGGUGCUUUUUGAGUGAUUGCCGGUGUCUCUGUAGAGUCAGGCCUGCCUGGUUUUGCCUGCUAAUAAACAUCUUCGACGUGAAGAGUCCACACCCGGGUUAUUUAAAUACGUGAAAGGGGGAAGGAACAAUUAAACCCCGGUGAAACUUUAGGCCAGUGGGAGGUGUAGGGUUUCUUCCUUCAGUGGCACACUCGGCUACCCUGGCAGGCGAAGGGCUCUCUCAGAGGCUCAGGGACGCGGUUGUAAACACCGGCCCGAACGCAGGGCUGCGGGAGGCCCGGGGCAUGGACUUGGGGUCUUGACAUGGUGGGUUCUGAGGAGCCGAUCUUGGGCCAGAGGGUCGCCCAGCGCCCGGACGAUGUCAACGGCCCCCUCUGCGGCUCACACGCCCGGGGGAUGACCUGCGCCCACUAGGAUGCCCGGAUGGUUCAAGAAGGCGUGGUACGGGCUGGCAUCUCUGCUCAGCUUCUCCUCCUUCGUCCUCAUCAUCGUCGCCCUGGUGCUGCCCCACUGGCUGAGCGGGAAGAUCCUCUGUCAGACGGGAGUGGACCUGGUCAACGCCACGGACCCCGAGCUGGUCAAGUUCAUCGGGGACAUCUACUACGGGCUCUUCCGAGGGUGCAAGGUGCGGCAGUGCGGGCUCGGGGGCCGCGAGUCCCAGUUCACCAUCUUCCCCCAGCUGGUGAAGGAGCUCAACGCGGGCCUGCACGUGAUGAUCCUGCUACUCCUCUUCCUGGCCUUGCCCUUGGCUCUGGUCAGCAUGGGCUUCGCCAUCCUCAACAUGAUCCAGGUGCCCUACAAGGCGGUCAAUGGGCCCGGUGGCAUCUGCCUUUGGAACGUGCUGGCAGGUGGCGUCGUGGCCUUGGCCAUCACCAGCUUCAUGGCCGCCGUGCGGUUCCACGAGCUGACAGAGCGCAUCGCAAACUUCCAGGAGCGGCUGUUCCGCUUCGUGGUGGUGGAGGAGCGGUACGAGGAGUCCUUCUGGAUCUGCGUGGCCAGCGCCUCCGCCCACGCCGCCAACUUGGUGGUGGUGGCCAUCAGUCAGAUCCCCCUCCCAGAGAUUAAGACCAAAAUAGAAGAGGCCACUGUCACGGCCGAGGACAUCUUGUAUUGAUAGCCUUCUCCUGGCCGGCCACGCCGUCUCCUAAGUCAGCCUGGGGCGGGAGUGGAGGCCUCAUCCUGGCUGUGGGCUUCGCCGUCCAGAAGGCCCAUGAUUUGGGCAAAUAGCAGAAGGCGACGGGAGGAUGGAGGCUGGUACCGCGGCCAGAAGAGAAAAACGUUCCCGGAUUCCCGGCAUCGCUGUCCUUCCCUCUCCAUGGCCUUGGACUUGGAGUUGGAGACUUUGCUCUUGCCAGCUGUGUGACAUUGGACCAUUCAUUUCACGUCUACUUCUCAGUCCCCUCGUCUGUGAAAUGGGGAUAAGAAUGACCUCACAUGAUGUAAUGGGCUAGCAUGUUGCCAGGCUGUGGAUAUGGUAGAGCAUUCCACGAAUAUAACACACAAAUAUAAGAACAUUCCAGUAGAAGCCUAUGGACCCUGGCCUAUUCCAUGCAUUAUGGCGGGGGGAGGUUUGUUGAUGUCCCUGCCUUCCGGAAACACUGAAUCUUCCCACCUGACACAGGAACCAGAGAGCAAUAAUAACAUUAAGAAUGAAAAUAA